GCGUAAUCAGUAUAUCGCACUGAUGUGUGUGUGAAGUCGCGCGGAGUGACGGGUGUUGGAUUAGAUUACGUUUCUUGCGAUUGUAAAUCAUUAUUUGUUAUAGCUUCUUUCUGUGUAAAAUCUACUGCGCUUAAUUACAAACUUAACGUUUAUCUGUAAUGAUAAUUUGCCAAUAAGUUACGUGGUCCUAUGUUAAUAAAAAAAUAUUCUGCGAAUGUGAGUGAUCAGCAUGUGUCACCACUCAUCAACAAAUUCUGUGAAACGGUGAACAGUCGCGAUGUGAGGAAAGCUAUGACUAUCAGCUGAAAAUCAACUUGAUUUAGUUAGUGUUUGUGUUGCGAACCAGUGUUAUUUAUUAUUUGUCUGGUGAAGGUGAUAAAUUGAGACUCAAAAUGGCGGACCUCGAGGCUGUGCUGGCAGACGUCAGCUACUUGAUGGCUAUGGAGAAGUCGAAAUGCACUCCUGCAGCUCGGGCCAGUAAAAAGAUUGUUCUCCCAGACCCAAGUGUUCGGAGUGUAAUGCACAAAUACAUGGAAAAGAAGAAUGAAGUAAAUUUCGACAAAAUAUUCAAUCAAGUCUUAGGUUAUUUAUUAUUUAAGGAAUUUUGUGAACAGACUACUGAUGACCAAGUGCCACAAUUAAGAUUUUAUGAAGAGAUUAAAUUAUAUGAAAAACAAGAAUGUGUCGAAGAGAGGCGGCGGAUCGCCAGAGAUAUAUAUGACAAUUUUAUUAUGAAAGAACUUCUAGCACAUUCACAUGAUUAUUCUAAAGAGUGUGUAGCGCAUGUACAAAAAUAUUUAAUGAAGCACGAAGUACCACCGAACCUAUUUGAGCCCUACAUUGAGGAAAUAUUCCAACAUCUACGAGGGGAGCCAUUUAAAAAUUUCUUAGAAAGUGACAAAUACACGAGGUUUUGUCAAUGGAAAAACUUAGAAUUAAACAUUCAGCUCACAAUGAACGACUUCAGCGUGCAUCGCAUCAUCGGCCGGGGCGGAUUCGGAGAGGUGUACGGGUGUCGGAAGGCGGAUACGGGCAAAAUGUACGCGAUGAAAUGCCUCGACAAGAAGCGUAUAAAAAUGAAGCAAGGGGAGACUCUCGCCCUCAACGAGAGGAUUAUGCUCUCUCUAGUCAGUACUGGGGUGGACUGCCCAUUCAUCGUGUGCAUGACGUAUGCGUUCCACACGCCGGACAAGCUCUGUUUUAUCCUGGACCUGAUGAACGGUGGCGACCUGCACUAUCAUUUGUCACAACAUGGCGUCUUCAACGAGGCCGAGAUGAAGUUCUAUGCUGCUGAAGUUAUAUUAGGUUUGGAACACAUGCACAAGCGUCACAUAGUGUAUAGAGAUCUGAAGCCAGCGAACAUUCUGCUCGAUGAACACGGACACGUCAGAAUAUCUGAUCUUGGACUAGCCUGCGACUUCUCCAAGAAGAAACCACAUGCUAGUGUUGGUACCCACGGCUACAUGGCGCCCGAAGUUCUCUCCAAAGGCACCGGCUACGAUUCUUCCGCUGACUGGUUCAGCUUCGGCUGCAUGCUGUACAAGCUACUCAAAGGACACUCGCCAUUCCGCCAACACAAGACCAAGGACAAACAUGAAAUCGACAGGAUGACCCUUACAAUGAAUUACGAUAUAUUGCAGAACGUGGAGCUUCCAGACUCGUUCAGCCCUAGCUUGAAGAGUUUACUAGAGGGGCUACUGCAGAGAGACAUUAACAAGCGGCUUGGAUGCAAAGGACGGGGUGCUGAUGAAGUGAAAGAGCAUGUAUUCUUCGCGGGCAUUGAUUGGCAGCAGGUCUACCAUCAGAAGUACACGCCGCCACUGAUCCCGCCGCGGGGAGAGGUCAACGCUGCCGACGCCUUCGAUAUCGGCAGCUUUGACGAGGAGGACACUAAGGGCAUCAAACUAACGGAAGCGGAUCAGAUGCAAUACAAGGACUUCCCGCUGGUGAUAUCGGAGCGCUGGCAGUCCGAGGUGGCCGAGACGGUGUUCGAGACCAUCAACCAGGAGGCCGACAAGAUGGAGCAGAAGAAGAAGGCCAAGCAGAAACAGAAGUUCGAUGCUGAUGAGAAAGAAUCGGAUUGCAUACUGCACGGAUACAUCAAGAAGCUGGGCGGUCCUUUCGCAAGCGCAUGGCAGACACGCUACGCGAAGCUUUACCCGAACAGGUUGGAGCUCCACCUGGAGAACAGUGCCAAGCCUGAGAUGAUUCUGCUGGACUCUGUGGAGGAGGUCUCGUCAGACCUCGUGUCCAUCAAGGGCGAGCAGUGCAUUGUUCUGAGGACUAGAAACGAUACCAAAAUCGUGCUCACUAAUACUGAUGAAAUCGGGCUGAAGGAGUGGGCGCUGUCGCUGCGGUCGGCGCACAAGUGCUCGCAGGAGCUGCUGGCGUCCAUGGCGCGCAAGGCGGGCAAGAUCUACGGCACCGACGGCAACAAGGACGCCAUGUCGCUGGUGCGCGCGCCCGCGCCGCAGCCCUCGCCGGCCCUGGCGCGCGCGCCCAACGGGACCAACUAGCAUGAGCUUCCCGCGCCCAACAAGGGCGCGAAGAUGUUCCGCCGCUCCAAGAGUGCGGCGCAACUCAUCAAGUGAGCGCCCGCACACUGCCGCGCUGUACGCGCCGUGCACGCGCAGUGUACGCGCACUGCCCGCACGGUACACGCGCAGUGCCCGCACGGUACACGCGCCAUCCACGCGCAGUGUCAGCGCAAUAUACGCGCAGUGCCCGCUCCCACGUUUGCUCCCGCGCCGGCUGGCGCCGCCGCCGAAGCACGAUGAACUCUUAGUGACUCUUUAGGACUGCCAAUUAUUAAUAAAUGAAUGCUGAUCGCAUUUUAUUGUUGUACGAAUUAAUGUGAUAGGACCGAUCAAAUUAAAAGUACGAUAUAUAAAUAUAUAUUUCGUUUACCUCCAGUGAUUUUCGAUUGUGGAUAAAUAGUAACUUUUGUAAUCGUUUGCACCGAUUGAAUUUUGUAAUUAUUAACGUAACGUUCUGGAUGUUGUAUUUAACUCUGUGGUAGGUAUUGUAAAAAUUUAAUAACUUAUAAUUCGAGUAGAUAAGCAUAGCGACUACCUAUAUGUGUUUGUGCAAUAGAUCAAAAAUAUAUUAAAUAAAGUAAAAAGUAAUAAAAACGUAACGAGUAAUCGGUCGAGUCGGUUAAAUUUAAAAUUAGUGAGUCUUGACAAUUUUAAUGCAAUUGGAUUGUUCGUUGUGCGUAUAAUAUAGAAGCUUGAAAUUAAUCGAUUUAUAUCGUAAUUAGAAAUUCUAGCACUUUGGUUACGACUCUGAUAAUAUAAUUGCACACAGGUGGGGAGAUUGUUCGAGCUAAGUUUGUGUUGUCUCCGGUGGCUCUCUCGCGCAAACUAACUUGCAACUAGUUCCUGGAAUGUAACGUAACGCGGAACAAUGUGUUUAUUUAUUGUAACGGUACUUAAUAUAACACUGGUCUGUUGUGUUCGGAACCAACUGUUCAUUAAGUUUCAACAUUAUUUAUAUAAAUAGAAGGAAAUGUAAGUAGAUCUAAUAAAAAUCUCUUUUUCAUAUAUUAUAUUUAGAGGCAAUACUUUUCUAACAACAUUUAGGUGUGAUUAAUAACAAUAGUUGUAAAGGCAAUAUUUAGAUGUUUAGUGCGCGGUGUUAGGAAUAAUAACAGAUGCACUACACACAUAUUAUGAAAGAAAUAAAUUUAUUAAAGCAUGUUCAAUGUUCAUGAAUUUAAGUGGGAACCAUUUUAGUUAGUAUUUAUUCCAUAGACGAUUUAUUAUGGCCUGGCCACGAUGACAUUUGUAUGUUGUGUAUGUUUUUAUAAUAAUUGUAUAGCAAUGCAAAUUUUUAGUUAUAAAUUGUUUUGGGUCUGAUGCAGAUUUAGUUUAAUUUGUAAUCAUGAUGGUGUUAUAUUCGUUGCCAUGAUUUUGAUAGGCUUAUAUUAAUAUUGUACGUUAUGAUUUCCCGUAUUCAUGAUAAGUGAUAAUUUAAGAAGCUGAGCAAUACUUAGAUCGUGGUUAUCAGGGUGAAAUGUGAAUUUCAACUCAUGUCGUUAAUUUUAAUGCUCUUCCGAUACCGAAUUUAUGAGGUUUGUUUUAAACACAUGUAGUUGUAUAGUCGGUGAAUAUUAUAGAAGUAUCCAUUAGCAUUGCUUCGCUUCUUAUUCUUACAAAAUUACGUACGCAUUAGUUUAGCAUGCGGGUGACGCAUAUUGAAUAAAAUUACACUGAUAUAUUACAUCGUUUUGUUAUAGAAUUUAGAUGCUAGUCAAAUAAUUACUACAUUUAUUGAUUUUAAUGAAAAUAAGUAAUUUAUAUGUAUAAUGUAAUAGCUAUUAUAGCUAAGCAGUAUUAUAGGUUAGUUGUUUUCUUGAUAAAAUCUUUCUAUUGUGAUAUGUUUCAAACGUUUGCAUAGAAUAGAUGUAUCUGUGACAGUAGUACCUUCCUCCUGGUAUAUUUUCUUCUUGUACACGAAUAUAUCUAGAACGAGCUUCAGCGCUAUAUUUCGCGUAAUAUACCGCUUCAUACUAUUGAAUCGCUUUAAAGAACAAGCAUGGAGUAUUGGCUAUGAGACGUAGUAUUAGUUAGCACGUUAAAUUAUUAAAACUUGAGUUGCAUUUGCAAAAUCCUUUAUGAAUUUGAAGGCCAAAGUAUUCGGGGAUAAUCAACAUUCCGGUAUGCCAAAUUAGAUAUAAUGGUGGGUAAAUAUGCAUUUAAAAGUUUUUAUUUAUUUACUGCGCGCAAUAUUGUUCGCCCGAUAUAUUGAGAGAUGCUAAUAGAAUGCUUAUUCGCGCUGACACAGAGUUUAAAUUGUAUUGUCUAGGCACCGGCUAUGUCUGCAUCAGACAAACUGUUACAUACCUCUGUUAGAAAAUAUUUUUAUUGUGAACCUACAUUAUGUGUAGUAAAUUGUUUAUUUAAUCAA